AUGAACUCGAGCAGGAAGAUAACUAACCCAAGACUCGCCCAGCAAUUCUCCCGACAACUCAAGCGCUCCCAGAAAAUCUGCCAUCCUCAAUCGAUCAGAUUUACCAGUCAACUCACUCAUCCAGAUCAUCCAGUCCCGAAUAAUGUUCAAAACCAAAUUGAAAAAUGGUCGAAAUCUACGUUAAUGCCCUACGCUCGACCGCCCAUAAUCCUCUCUCAUGGGAAAGGAUGCAAAGUCUGGGACACUGAAGGCCGAGAAUAUCUAGAUUUCACCGCCGGGAUAGCUGUCAAUGCUCUUGGCCAUGCGGAUAAAGAAGUUGCCGAAGUGAUGUAUAAACAGGCCCAGAAAUUAGUGCAUUGUUCAAACCUUUAUCAUAACGAUCAAGCCGGUGAACUAGCUUGCACUCUAGUCAACCUCACUAAACAAUUUGGGGGACUGGGAUUUCCCCCUCGCGGCGAUGCAUCCUCGGCACCUAUCCAUCAAGAAAUUCCAAAAGAUCACAAAGUUUUCUUCGCCAACUCCGGCGCAGAAGCCAAUGAAGGCGCUUUAAAAUUUGCUAGAAAAUGUGGAAAGAUCGAAGACCCUUCUGGAAACAAACACGAGUUGAUCUGUUUUACGAAUGGAUUCCACGGUCGAACGUUUGGUGCCCUAUCAGUAACCAAUCAGCCAAAAUACCAGCUUCCGUUUGCUCCCCUACUUCCUGGAAUCAGGCCCGGUGACUUGAAUGACAUCUCUGCCUUGGCAGAGCUGAUCACCCCAAAUACGUGCGGAGUCAUUGUAGAACCUAUUCAGGGAGAAGGCGGUAUUCUGGAAGCUUCAGAAGACUUCUUGCGGGCAUUGAGGCAUCGGUGCGAUCAAGUCAAAGCUGUGUUAAUUUAUGAUGAGAUCCAAUGCGGACUGGGUAGGACCGGGAAUCUUUGGGCCCACGGCUCUUUACCCACAGACUGUCACCCCGACAUGCUCACAAUGGCAAAACCCUUGGCCAACGGCGUUCCCAUCGGUGCGGUGAUGAUGCGAGAUCACGUUGCCAAGAAAAUUGCGAUCGGCGAUCAUGGUACCACAUUUGGAGGAGCACCUCUACAGACAGCGAUCGCGAAGCACGUAUUGGAAAGGAUUGGCAAAGAAAGCUUCAUGGACCAAGUGCGAGAAUCGAGUCAACUCUUGAAGAAAGAGUUGAGCCGUUUGGUGGCCGAAUUUCCGAGCAUACUGUCUGGAUCGGUGCGAGGGAGAGGCUUGAUCUUGGGCUUGGAGGUUAAGGAGCACAAAACGCAACAGAGCAAAACAACAAUCUCCCAAAUCAUCAACCUGUCUCGUCAGAACGGCCUCUUACUGUUGAGCUGCGGUCAAUCUAUCAUCAGAUUUGUACCCUCUUUGAUAAUCUCACGCUCGGAAGUUUAUCAAAUGAUUCACAUCCUUGAAAAAGUCUUGGCACAUUUGAACUCAUCCAAAGCUUGA